UACAGUGGCACUGUCAUGGCUCAUUGUAACCUUGAACUCCUGGGCUCAAGUGUGCCAUUGUGCCUGAGUAAUUUUUAAAUUUUUUGUAGAGAUGGAGGUCUCGCUAUGUUGCCCAGGCUGGUCUUGAACUCCUCGCCUCAAAUGAUCCACCUGUGUUGGCCUCCCAAAGUGCUGGGGUUACAGGUGUUAGCCACAAGGCUUUGCCUCAACUCAAAAAGUUUAAAACUUGCCUUAUGUCACUCAGUAAGUAGCAAGGCUGAGAUUGAAACUCAUUCUUGGCAACUUUCAAAGUCCAUGAGUUUUCCAUAAUGCCUUCCAAGAGGGCAUCUGUUUUUAUCAUCUCAGAGAUGUGUUGAUGGUAUUAAGGAGUGACUGAAUAGCUGGCAAUAAUCAUAAAACCACAUUUUCAAAACUUUACUGUGUAACCCUAUGUGCUUAGCAAAUAUUGUAAAAAUGAGGUUCUGACCAAUGAAAUGUCAGGAAAGUUAGUAUAAAUUGGUCAAGAGAGUGACAGUCACUCCAGAAUUUGAUUUGACCAUAUUUACCAUAUCAGAUUCUCAUUCAGUCCUCAGCAAAAUGAAGGGCUCCAUUUUCACUCUGUUUCUAUUCUCUGUCCUAUUUGCCAUCUCAGAAGUGAGGAGCAAGGAGUCUGUGAGACUCUGUGGGCUAGAAUACAUACGGACAGUCAUCUACAUCUGUGCUAGCUCCAGGUGGAGAAGGCAUCUGGAGGGGAUCCCUCAAGCUCAGCAAGCUGAGACAGGAAACUCCUUCCAGCUCCCAAAUAAACGUGAAUUUUCUGAGGAAAAUCCAGCGCAAAACCUUCCGAAGGUGGAUGCCUCAGGGGAAGACCGUCUUUGGGGUGGACAGAUGCCCACUGAAGAGCUUUGGAAGUCAAAGAAGCAUUCAGUGAUGUCAAGACAAGAUCUACAAACUUUGUGUUGCACUGAUGGCUGUUCCAUGACUGAUUUGAGUGCUCUUUGCUAAGACAGGAGCAAAUACUCAAUGGGUGGCAGAGCUUUAUCACAUGUUUAAUUACAGUGUUUUACUGCCUGGUAGAACACUAAUAUUGUGUUAUUAAAAUGAUGGCUUUUGGGUAGGCAAAACUUCUUUUCUAAAAGGUAUAGCUGAGUGGUUGAAACCACAGUUAUCUCUAUCUUCUCCCUUUGCCAAGGUUAAUGAACUGUUCUUUUCAAAUUCUACUAAUGCUCUGAAAUUUCAAAUGCUGUGCAAAAUUGCAAUAAAAAUGCUAUAAACCAA